CUUACAAAACCUUGACCCACAAAUUGAAAACGACGUUGCCAGAAAUGGUCACAAAUUGAAAACUAGAGGUGGUUUUGAGUUUUGAACUCUCACACGGUCUGCUUCUUGUAGAGGCGGAAUUUUUACCGUAGAAAAGCCAUUAAGUUUUGGAAGGACCAAACAAAACUAGUACAAAGUGGAGUAGUAAUAAUGGCAGAAUCACUUCAACUCCCCAUUAUCGACCUUACUUCCCCUGAUCGUAUUUCCACCGCUCGUGCAAUUCGUCAGGCAUGUGUAGAAGUUGGUUUCUUUUACCUUAUAAACCAUGGGGUAGAGGAAAAGCUGUUUAAGAAAGUGCUUGAACACAGCCAAAAGUAUUUCUCACUGUCAGUUGAAGAGAAGAUGAAACUGGUACGGAGGAACAACAGAGGUUAUACUCCCCUUUAUGCUGAGAAUCUCGAUCCCUCUUCUGGUACCCAAGGUGAUUCAAAAGAAAGCUUCUACAUCGGUUCUCUGGAAGACAAGAGGGCUGUUAGUAACUUGAAUCAGUGGCCUGCAAAAGAAAUUCUGCCAUGUUGGAGAUCAACCAUGGAGGAUUACUAUAAAAGAGUCUUGGAUGCUGGGAUAAGACUAAUUUCACUGAUUGCUUUGGCAUUGGAAUUGGAUGAGGACUUUUUUCAUAAAGCAGGGGCAUGUGACUCACCAAAUGCAUUCCUUCGUUUGUUACAUUAUCCAGGUGAGUUACGAUUAUCUGAACAAGUGGUGUAUGGUGCUUCUGCUCAUUCAGACUAUGGAAUGUUAACUCUUCUAGCUACAGAUGGUGUUGGUGGACUUCAGGUUUGCCGGGAGAAAUUCAAGCGACCUCAGAUAUGGGAAGAUGUGCAUCACCUCAGUGGGGCUUUCAUAGUUAACAUUGGAGAUAUGAUGGAGAGAUGGACAAACUGCUUAUUUCGGUCCACAUUGCAUAGAGUUAUGCCAACAGGGCAAGAGCGUUUUUCGAUGGCUUUCUUUUUAGAACCAAAUCCAGAUUGUGUGGUGGAGUGCUUGAAGAGUUGCUGUAGUGAUUCAUCUCCUCCCAGAUUCUCUCCAAUUCGUGCCGGAGACUACUUGGAAGAGCGCUUUAAAGUUACAUACGCAUCAUAGAUUUUGCGCGAGCAGUCGUUGAACUAUGUUACAGGGUGAGAUUGUUGUUUGCUGAUGAAGUUUAUGGAUGUUGAAGCUCCCUCGAAGUAUAUACAUUGUUUUAGCUCGAUCUUGGUGUGAUUUUGUAUUCAGCAAUUUCACAAGUUAAUAUAUUGGGGACAGUUUGAGGUGGAGCAAGUUUCUUGAUAUACGCUUGUGUAAAAGAGCUAUUUGGACACUAAUAUGUGGCCAUUUACAUUAUCACUAGUCUAUUUGAAACAUAUCUAUGUUUUCUGCCUGGUAUUCCAGAUCCA